UGGCCAUGGGCGGGGCGUUCCUCUGCUACAGGCCCGGCACUACCAUGGGCGACAGCGCCCCCGGCCGCGGGGAUCGCUGCAGCAGCCGAGGUGGCCGAGCAGGCGCAGGGGCCCAGGCCGGGUCCCGCGGGCGGUGGGCGUGACCUCGCUGUCCCCGAGCACGCGGGGCUCCCCGCGCGCCCCAACCUGCCGAACGAUGCGCGCCCCGGGCCGUCCCGGAGGCUGAGGCCGAGUCCGUCGCGCCCAUGGCUGACCCCCCACGAUCCUCGGCGCCCGCCUGCUCCUCCCCGGGCUGCACGUCCCCGGCGGGCGCGGGGCUGUGGGCCGCGCUGUACGACUACGAGGCGCGCGGCGAAGACGAGCUGAGCCUGCGGCGCGGUCAGCUGGUGAAGGUGCUGUCGCAGGACGCCGCGGUGUCGGGCGACGAGGGCUGGUGGGCCGGCCAGGUGCGGCGGCGCCUGGGCAUCUUCCCCGCCAGCUACGUGGCGCCGUGCAGCCCCGAGUCCCCGGACGCGCCCCAAGUCCCUCCGCCACGGCCCGGCUCGCCCAUACACGUCGACUUCGAGCGGCUGGAACUCAAGGAGUUGAUCGGCGCGGGCGGCUUCGGGCAGGUGUUCCGUGCCACCUGGCAGGGCCAGGAGGUGGCGGUGAAAGCGGCGCGCCGCGAUCCCGAGCAGGACGCGGCCGCGGCGGCCGAGAGCGUGCGGCGCGAGGCGCGGCUCUUCGCCAUGCUGCGGCACCCCAACAUCAUCGAGCUGCGCGGCGUGUGCCUGCGGCAGCCGCACCUAUGCCUGGUGCUGGAGUUUGCGCGCGGCGGAGCGCUCAACCGCGCGCUGGCCGCCACUGACCCGCGCGCAUCCGGUCCGCGCCGCGCGCGCCGCAUCCCUCCGCACGUGCUGGUCAACUGGGCGGUGCAGAUCGCGCGUGGCAUGCUCUACCUGCACGAGGAGGCAGUGGUGCCUAUCCUGCAUCGGGACCUCAAGUCCAGCAACAUUUUGUUGCUGGAGAAGAUAGAACAUGAUGACGUUUGCAAUAAGACACUGAAGAUUACGGACUUUGGGCUGGCUCGGGAGUGGCACAGGACCACCAAGAUGAGCGCGGCAGGCACCUAUGCCUGGAUGGCCCCUGAGGUCAUCAGAUCAUCUCUGUUCUCCAAGGGGAGUGACAUCUGGAGCUAUGGCGUGCUGCUGUGGGAGCUGCUCACAGGAGAGGUGCCCUACCGCGGCAUUGACGGUCUGGCUGUGGCCUAUGGGGUGGCAGUCAACAAGCUCACUCUGCCCAUCCCGUCUACCUGCCCCGAGCCAUUCACCAAGCUCAUGAAAGAGUGCUGGGAACAAGACCCUCAUAUUCGCCCGUCGUUUGCCUCAAUCCUGCAACAGCUGUCUGCUAUUGAGGUGUCUGUGAUGACCGAAAUGCCCCAGGAGUCUUUCCAUUCCAUGCAAGAUGACUGGAAGCUGGAAAUCCAACAAAUGUUCGAUGAGCUGAGAACAAAGGAAAAGGAGCUGCGGUCCCGGGAAGAGGAGCUGAGCCGCGCUGCCCUGCAGCAGAAGUCUCAGGAGGAGCUGCUCCGCCGCAGGGAGCAGCAGCUGGCCGAGCGCGAGAUCGACGUGCUGGAGCGCGAGCUCAACAUCCUCAUCUUCCAGCUCAACCAGGAGGGGCCGCAUGUGAGGAAGAGGAAGGGCAAGUUCAGGAGGAGCCGGCUGAAGCUCAAAGACGGACAUCGUAUCAGCUUGCCUUCAGACUUUCAGCACAAGAUCACCGUGCAAGCCUCUCCCAGCUUGGACAGGCGCAGGAGUUGGGAUAGCAGGAGCUCCAGCCCGCCCAGCAGCCCCACCAUGCUUCCUCGCCUCCGGGCCAUUCAGUUGACAUCUGAUGAAAACAAUAAAACCUGGGGAAGGAACAUGGUCUUUCGGCAAGAGGAUUUUGAAGAUGUAAAAAGGAAUUUCAAGAAAAAAGGCUGUACUUGGGGACCAAGCUCAAUUCAAAUGAAAGAAAGAACAGAUGGCAGAGAGAGGGUGAGGCCUCUCUCUGAUGGCAACAGUCCUUGGUCAUCUGUCCUAAUAAAAAGCCAGAAGACCACAUCCUUGGCUUCACUCUUUGUGGACCAGCCAGGAUCUAGUGAAGAGCCAAAACACCCUGCCAAUGGAGAACACAGAAAACCAAAGCAAAUGAAGUUGCCUGGUCAGGCCUGCACUGAUCUACCUCUCUGCAAAGAUGAUCAGAGACAGAACCUGGAGGAGGCUGAGGGCUGGGCAGAGGGACCCACAAUGAGCUCUGCUAUGGGCCCCCUUCGGGGGGUGCCUGUGACCAGCCCCAGUAGACCCCACAGGAAGAAAACGGAGUCAGCUCUGUAUAGGUGUGCAGUGCUGCUGGCGUCAGUGGCAUUGGGACUGGAUGUCAGGGGGCUUGGCAAAGCAGAGGCUGCAGAAGAGCUGCCACCUAAGGUGGACAUGAAGAUUCAAGAGGAAGUCCUCCAGCGGGCCUCCAGGCCGUCCCCUGUGCCACUCUCUGCAGGCAGGGACCCCAGCAGCACCACAAGCCUUCUCUCCACGAGGUGCUUGCCACAAACAAAUGGGGACAAGCCACCGCUAGGCAGCAGCCAGAUUCCUCAUGACCCUGAUUUCUGUCCGGCUUGUCCAGAAAGCACCCAGGAGCUGGCCCUGGGGCCAAGACUUAAGACUGAUCCCAGGAUGUUGGAAAGCCUGUCUCCCUCCUACCUGGGACAGACACAUGAUGGGAAUGUGCCUUAUUAUGCUCCCCCAAAAGACAGAGCCUCACAUCACAGACAGACCUUGUCAGACGGAAAUUCUUUUCUGACUCCAUGUGCCCCUGGAGCCUCUGCACUGCCAUCCCCCACCUCACCUGGCUCUCAUGGUGACCUGCCAAGCCAGGUCUCUCCUGACCUGCAUGGGGCUGUCACAGUCCUGCUGCAGCCUGGCACUGUUUCCCUGAGAAGUCCGUCAGAUGUGCCAAGGGCUGUGCCACGCAGGGCACAGUCCCAGCCUGCCCGGGCGGCCUGUGGCGGUGGCCACACAGGUUUGGGCCCUGCCUGUGUCCUGGGUACCCAGGCGCCUUCCUCACUGGAUGCUGAUGUGGACGGGCAAAGCAAGGACUGCACUGGGCCUCUGUGCAGGAUGAAGAGUCCAGCUCAGCAGCCGUUCAUCUGUGCCCUGGAGAAAGAGUUUCUGACCUAAGUCCCUUUGCUGUUGAAGCAUGUCUGUUUUAGGUGAACAAAUGCAGACACUGUUUGUGCCUUUGAGGUGUGUAUUCUUGUGUGUUGAAAAGAUGUCGCCCAGUGACUCCAUUAGUAAUAGACACUAACUCCAAAGAGGCACAUAACUGCUGUCCAGCUUCUAUAUCAUGUCUUCUGGAUCCUACCUAGUAAUUUGAAAUACAAAGAAGUUUAAACCAAAACAUGUGCCACAGGUAAAACUGUGCUGGGUGAAAUCACCUUAAGCAUCGUCUUUUUGCUUUUAUUAGUACAUGUUUGCAGUACAUAAUGAUUACAUUCACUGUAGGGAAUCAGUACAUGUACACAACACAUUUCAGUUCCCUUCUUUUAAGCAAUAUCUUAAGACCUUGUUAGUUUCCACAUGCCCCCAUGAGCACACAGUGGGAUUCUGAUGACACUUGCCUUUGCUUGCUUGCUUGCUUCCUUCCUUCUCUUUUUCUUUCCUUCAACUUGUCUCUUCUUGUUUUUAAUUUGUACAACAGAAAGCCAAGAAAUAGCUAUUGGUAUUUCUUGGUAAUGAUAAUGUGAUAUAAGAAAACAUACCUAUUUAUAAAAAAAAAUCUGAUUAGAACAGAUGCAGGGUCCUGUUUAAACUAAAAUUCUACUGUAGACUUUUGAUGCAUAAAUAUGUCCAUUUCUCCCCUCAAUUAUACAACAAUAUUUCUCGAGAAAUUUUACUGAAUGUAACUUAGGAAAGUUUUGCUGACUGCUACAUCUGUUAGAACUCUAAAAGAGGGGCUAGAGGGGCUGGGGAUUUAGCUCAGUGGUUUUGCCGCCUGCUGUGCAAGCGGAAGGACCUGAGUUCGAUCCCCAGUACCAAAAAUAAAAGAGGGGCUAGAGAUCAGCAAUUGGUGAUGGCCAAGACUGCAGCAGCCCCCCCACCCCCAGAUGUGAGCCUAGGGAUGCAGCGGUCCUGCAGAAAAGCCUCUGUUGACUUGGUGUCAAUACCAAAACUUCUUCAUUCUCUGGUAGAUUUUUUUAGUCUACUGGAAUCUUAUGUAUGAUUCAGUUACUCAUGCUCAUGUUCACAGAUAUCUUGUAUUAUAAACAUUCAUGUCAUGUCAUUUUACUUUUCUCUAUUUGCAUACACAGUCAUUCUAAUCCAAAGACAAAUACUGCCAACUCAAGGGAUUACAGUUGUUAGAAUUUAAAUUCUUUUUGUUAUUAUUUUAUAUUUCAUUUAAUUGGGGAUGUUACACAUCUAUUUCAAUACACAGUUAUGGUGGAAUUAACAAUAUAUAUUAUAGAUUAUUUCCAGAAUUGACUUUGUAAAAUGUGUCUUGGAAUAUCAGAUCAGGAUUUUAAAUGAGUUAAAGGUAUUUGUGGGUCACUUUUAUAAUCAUACAAAUAGACUGCUGGAUUACUGGGAUGGGAAAUGUUCUACAAGAGCUUGGGAAUUUUGCCUGGGUUUCUUUGCUGUGUUUCCCUUCUGUCACUAGGUUAUGGUUAUUCCAAAUGCAGACAAUAAAUACUUAAAAUUUUCCAUGCAAUGAAAAGCUAAAUCACAAACAUUCUUGCCAUUUCAUUUAAAAUUGUAACUUAGUUAAAGUUUGCUCAAUUACAACUGCAGAAACUUAAAGUAAAUCAAAUGUGAUGAUAUUUUAGUCCCUGCACAGAAGUGUCCCUGGGCCUGGAAGCAUGGCACUCCCAGCACAGUGGCCAUAAGGAAACAACCCUGCAUUUUAGAUUCUUGAAGCAAAGUCUUGAGGACUUAUCACAUUUUGUGGUGUUAUUGUCUGUUCUAUAAUUUGGCUUCACUUUGUGAGUUGUUAUUAAAUUAUAUAAUAAUGAUUUAGUUUUCUCAAAAUUUCAUAUUUGACAUCUGAUUGGCUACUUUAUACAAAAUCAUUUGGAGGGUGUAGCUUCCAGCUAAAAAUAGUCGAUUCAUGCCCCCAAUAAUUGUGCAUAAGAGAAAAAGGUAUGAAGUCUGUUCUCAGUUCUGCUCCUGCCAGGAUCUCCCGUGUGUGUGUGUGUGUGUGUGUGUGUGUGUGUGUAUGGUGGGUGUGGGUUAAUGUUGGGUUGUGUGUGUGAUGGGAGUGGGUGUGUGGUGUGCAUGUGAAGUUUGGAUGUAGGAGACACUUGAGUGUGAGUGGACAAGGUGUCCAUCUAUCCUGUCCCUCUUGGCUCUGUCCCAGCUCCAGAUCAGCUGUUACAUUAUGAUGAGGUUAGAAAUGAAGCUUUGUUACUUAGAUAAUUGCAAUAUGGAGAUUCAUUCUCACAUGGUACUGCAGAGAGUCAUUGCUGUGAUACUUCGACACUUGUAAUUUUUUUCUGUGUUAGUCCACUUAGCAGAAUCUGAUAAUUUAUUUUCAUAUAGACUUAAUAGCGCACCGAAAGAUCAAUGAAGCCAAUUGCUCUUCCUGAACAAUUAAGGUUCUUCCCUGCAGAAACUCGAGGCAUGGGCCUGAUAUACUAUGUCGUGAAGUCUGUGUGAACGAUGUUUACAUACAUUGUCUAUUUUUUUAAUAAACAUUUUUAUAGCUGGUCUGUUUGCUCCAUGGCUUUGAUCUACUCUUGAUUGUGACACUGAUCUGUAAUGGUUAUUUUAUAUUCCAUAAGGAAAUGCGUGUUAACAAAGAUGAUUACUACUUAAUAUGCCAGGUAAUUACCCUGCUAAAUUCAUUAAAUUGAAGGACACUGAGUCACAGGAUUGAAUACUGCAAUAAAAAUUAUAAGGAAACAUUUUAUUUAAAA